AUGAGUGAGCAGCGGCACGUGUUCAAGAUGUCCCGGCACCUGUUUUAUUUUUCAGUGCUUCUUCUUUCAGUGCUGUUGAUAUGCUUUGGGAGUACGGCUGCGCGCGCCGAGGAGAGAAGUACGCCAAAAGACGUGCAGCCGGCAAGGACUGUCGAUCUUUUUGUGCCGCAUCGAACGAUCGUGGAAACACAAGGUGAAAAUUAUACAAGGAAUUAUUUUGUCUUCCCUUCUCUUGCCAGUGCUGGUGGAGUGUUGGUUGCUUUUGCCAAGAGCUACACCGGGCCUCUACGCCUUGAUAACGAUGAAACUUGGCCCAUUUAUGUUGAUGUUCUGGCGGGGUACAUAAACCCUGCGGAGAGCUGGUCGUCUUUUGUCGAUGAGGUCCGAGUAAACAAAUGGAAUACGUACAAAAUUUUUCACACGGCCGUUCAAGAGGAGUAUAACGACCGUGUGAGAUACGCGCGCCGACCCACAACAAUUGCGAAGGGCAAGAAGGUCUUUCUACUUGUGGGAAACUAUUAUCAGAAGUAUGAUCCUUCAUCGAAGAAGUGGAUUGAAGUCUCACGGGGUCUUGAUUUGCUCGUGGGUGAGGCCACGCACGGCAAAGUCAUCCAAUGGGGCGAACCCACCUCGCUUUUGCCACAGAUCGAACCAUCUGCUAAACAGCGAGGCCUGGAAGAAUUUGUUAGUGCUGGUGGCUCAGGCGUUGUGAUGGAGGAUGGUACGCUUGUGUUUCCUGUGACGGCGAGGAGGACAGGGGAAAAAGACGUUGUCUCCACGAUCAUUUAUUCGAAGGACGACGGCAAAAAUUGGGUGCUUCCACAGGGGAUGCUCCCCGCGGGGUGCAAUGACCCCCUCAUCGUCGAGUGGGAGCAGGGGCAGCUUGUCAUGGUUGCUAGCUGCGAUUUUCACUCCAAGGUGUUCGAGUCGAUGGAUAUGGGGGCAACGUGGACGGAGGCUGUCAGGACACUCACACGCGUGCAGCCCAUGUUGUUACCGGACUCUUCGCGAACAGCUGAGAGAGUGGGGUCCCUCACCACUGCGACCAUUGCUGGAAAGAAGGUCAUGCUGUACACUCAGAAAGGGAUUCCCCCUGGGGACACAUUGCAAGCCACCGCGCUCUACCUUUGGGUUGCUGACAACAAUCGCACGUUUCACCUCGGGCCCAUUUCCAUGGACACUGCAGAUAAGUGGACGUCUAACAACACCCUGCUGCACUCUAACAAUGCGUUGCACCUUUUACAAGAGAGGGUCAGUACAACGAUCACAGGCCUAGCUUUUUCUUCCCUAACGGGUACGCUGAAGAAGAUUAAGUCUGUCUUGAAGACUUGGGCAAAACUGGACUCCUUCCUCUCGAACUCGUCUGUGCCCACGGCCGGCCUGGUUGGAUUCUUGUCGGAUGCAUCGGGUGAUGGGACUUGGAACGACGCGUACCGUUGCGUGGGUGCAACUGUGACGAAUGCAAAGAAGGUCGAAAAUGGCUUUAAGUUCACGGGGUCCGAAUCAUACGCCAUGUGGCCGGUGAACAUGUGGAAGCAUCACUAUGCGCACAGCUUUGUGAAUUACGCAUUCACGCUUGUGGCGACGGUGACGAUCGAUGAGGUUCCGAACGGGAGCGCUUCUCUGCUGGGUGCGGGACUGGGGGACAAUGAAAACACGACGUUUGUGGGGCUGUCGUACACCCUGGCGGACGAGUGGGAGACAGUCUUCAAUGGCAUGGCAACAAUAACCGAGAACACUUGGGAGUCGUGGAAGGAGUACCAGGUGGCGCUC